CCACAGCCAGUAAAGGCAAAACAAGACUGCUUUCAUUUGCCAAAAAAGUUGGGGAUGUAGACUAAGCAAUAAGAUUUUGACAACGACAAGACAUUCUGAAGAAACGCAGAAGAGGUCCUUUUAGCUUGUCAUUCCAAGUCGGAUUUUUCCAUGUGCAAGUCAGCCAUGACGUAAAGGUAUGGCGCCUUUAUGUUUAUAUUUUGUUUGAUAAAUUAACCGUGCUUGGCCCUAAAUGUUUAUGUCGUCAUGACUAAUAGACUGGUCAUCUGAAACAAAACGUGAAUUAUUAAGGUAUUAAUCAUCGGUUUUACGAUGAUUCGUUUGAACGAAAUUGGGGAAAGCCAAGUGAGAUAUUGUUCGUCUGAUAAUUGUUCUGCAUGUGUAAUUGAAAAGCGUUGAACUAACACAACAUUGGCUUAAACAAAUUCAACAAGGGUGGUGAGUUUCUUGUCUUCAUACACGAAUGUGCGUUAUAUGAUAAUUCGCCUGGACAGAUGCUGAGAUAUCUAUGACUCUGUGUAUAUGACCAGAAUAUAUAUAAUUUAAUUCUUAGCUACAAGCAGCCGCUAUAUACUAUAUAUCAUCGCAAUUCGCAAUUCCUUAUUCAUUAAGUCCGCUGAGCCGCUUUGCAGGAACGCAUUAUUGAGCUUUGUGAUAGGUUGCCAAAAUUAAUUUCGCCGAUCAAUUACUCGUAUAUGGUGUAAAACUGACUCGCGGGCUGACCGCUUAUCUCUAUGAUACGAUAAUAUCUGUCUGUAGAUGUCUGGGAAAAAUUCAAAGAAUGAUAUGAGUGUUACCUCAACCGUUACCUCACUCGAAAGAUUGUUUCUGAAUUUCUAUUGAAGAUGAUUUUAAAAUAUAUUUGAAUAUCGAGAUUUUUGGGCCGUAGGUCCGAUUUCGCAGAUCCUGGUUAGGUCUUAAAAGUCUAUGUAAUCUAAAAAGUGUAUAUAUAGCUACAGUCCGCUCAAAGAUAGACCAUCUCCAAUUAAAAUCCUUCAUCUUCAUGGAGAAGGUUAAACUACAAUACUUUUUGUUUGGUGGGCAAUAUUCUAUCUUUCUUCAUUUGGCAACCCGUUUCGAUUCUUAAAUUCGGAAUUUCAUCAGUGAAAAUAAUACAGCCAAAUCUGCAUGAUCAUAAUCGUCUGAGCUUUGCAUUUCAUCUGAGCUUUGCGAAAUACAAUAAGGCAAGAAAGUUAUAUGAUGGCGAAACUGUCUUGCCGCAAUAAGGAAAAUUUCAGAACGAAGUCGCCCCGAGAUAGCCAAGCUGCAGAUCAGUGACUCGAAUGUCCCGCUAACAGCAUGGAACUAUGCACCGGCGAAAUAACUAGCCAAUGUGCGUUGAAGUCAUGUCAAUAAUUUUGCUUAAUAGCUUUAGGUAUCGUAAAUUGGUUAAAACAACCAACAAAUCAGAUUGAAAGUGAAUCAGGUUAACCAAUUCAGGUCUGACGAAGGCCAAAAUCCGCCAUUUUUGAGAUACCGUUUGCCCUCGUGAAAGAUUCUAGACAAUUCAAAAAAAGUGAAAUGCGACUUUUAAAAGUUGUAAUUGUAAAUUUACCAUCAUACAAACAACUAUAAGUAUAAUACUAAAAAGUUGUAUUUCGUGGUGCGGAGACUCUCAAACGUGGGACUGAGGCAGUAUACCCCCCAAAUGGCGGGGAAAUCGGCCGCGAGGAAGGCUAAUUCAUAGGUUGUUUUAACCAUUUUGUGUUUCAGUUUCACAGUGUAUUUUAUUCGAUUCAUAACGGUAUUAAGUUUUUUCAAUAAGAAUAUGUUCGGACGAGAGUUGUAAGUGGUGCUCAAGUUGGGAAGUGCUACAGUUUCAAUACAAUUAGGAAGAAACUUAUUUAAACGACAUUUCCGAUUGUCUUUUUAUUUUCCUCCAAAAAGAAGACUAUACACUACGUAUAAUAAAAAGAAUUAAUUGAUUAUUUUAGUUACUCUGAUAAGUGUAAGUUGACUAUCAUUUACCGCACGACAGCGUUUUAGUGAAAUUCCAUCAGUACACCCUUCCUGGGAGCAUAAUGCCUUGGUUUUAAAAACUUUUAUUCAACGUAUAACUGCUUGCAAUGACGAUAGCGAUUGACGUAGUUUCCGCAAGAGUGUCCAGCAUUGUAUUUAUAUUUUCUAGCACGACGCAUGACGUAAAUGUAUAGCAGUCUACUAUUGUGGUGUGCUUGAAUGCAAGCCUGGUUGCCCGUCAUAUUGCUGUGGUUUAUCUCGCUCUUCACCAGUACUCUCGCGGUCAUCACUUGUAUCUACAGACAUUUAGAUCACGGCAAAUACAGGUUAGUAAACCUUGUAGCGAUAUUUCGUUCAUUUUAAAUCGUAAUUUCUAUUGUUUAUUAUGAUAAUUUUUGAUUGAUUAGUUAGUUAGUUAGUUAGUUAGUUAGUUAGCUAGUUAGUUAGUUAGUUAGUUGUAAACUUUGUCCAGUUGACAGUUCUGCUAUUUUUAGGUAAUAUAGUGUUAGCCAAUCAGAAUGCUAAAUUGACCGACCCGGACCGGGGCUUUCUCGUGUACCUCCUCGUCCUCACAUGAAAGCCUUGGGAACGAGGUUGACUGAUUUUUUCCGAUUGGAAGACGGCCAAGUCGUAUAGACGAACAAAUCGUCUCAAAAUCGUCUUUUAGUCGGACGAAUCAUCAGAUAUGAAAACGUGUCGUACAAAAUUUUAGACGAACAAGUCGUCUGAAUUUGUUCGACUACUUGUCCGUCUGUGAAGACGAUUUUUGAGAGACGAUUUGUUCGUCUAGACGAUUUGUCCGUCUCUAAUGUGAAGGGAUAUUAACUCUUAAAGUCCCUAUUUUUAAAACAGAGGCGUUCUGGUGGUGAAUAUACUGUCUAAUACUAUGAAAAAAUACUAAUCUUUUGACGCUACUAAUCGUCUGACGAAGGGCCUUAGCUCCAAACGUCCAGAAGCUUUUUCUAUCUUUUAGAUAGUAUAUUCACCAUGCACAAGAACGCCGCUUUUUUAUGGAAACUAUCUACGCUGGACCCCCACCCUUAUAAUUCCCUAUUUGUAGUUUAAUGCUUCUAGCAUCCUCCGCCACCCCCCCACCCCCACCAGCACUGAUCCAGUAUGCUGAUGUAUAGUUUUCACCGGCAUUAGCGCUAAGUCCAUAACGACAAAUAACGCGGACACCCCAGCAUAUUGUUAAAACAACUAUGAGUAUAGCAGUAACAAGUACUACAAUCAACCAAACAGGGAAUGUUUUAGAAUCCGAUUUACGAGUUCUGCAUUCUUUGGCAUUGCUGGGGCAAUUCUCACUCGAGCUUCCACAGUCGUCGCUAGUUUCGCAAGGCUCACCGAGACAAUUUUCCUUGCAUUUGUGAACCCUUUGACAGCACACUUUUCCAUUUCGACAAUCAGAGUUUGAUCGACACCCAGCAAAACACUUCUUGUUAACGCCACAGUAUUCAUUCCAUCCUCCCCAUCCAACAUCAUGUGUGCAGGAUUCGCCGAUGCAGCUUUCGCUGCAAUUCACACCACAACACAGGGGCGGCGGAACAGAUUUCAGUUUGGGGGGGCUAAAUUUUUUUCCGUGACCUCCCCCCCCCGUCGCCAAAAAAAUUUCGGUCAGUCUACCAUUUUAGGGGUAGGAAAAUUUUUCCGGACCUAUAACAAAAGGGCUGAAAAAAAUUUUCCGGACCUAUAACAAAAAAUUUUUCCGGACAUACACGAUUUUUAAACAAAAUAUUCCAAAUUAUUCCCCUUAUACCUAAAUUUUCCAAAAAUAACCUACAUUUUUCCUUAAUUAUCAAAAUUUUUCCAGAGAAAACAAAAUUUUCUGGGGGGGGCUUAGCCCCCCCCACUUUUACUUCUGGGGGAGGCUUCAGCCCCCCUAGCCCCCCUGUUCCGCCGCCACUGCCACAACACACGGUCACACGGUUCCGCGUUGACAAUCGAAGUUAUUGUAAGAACACUGAACAAGUGGCUGCAUAUGACGUAGAUUCUUCGUGAAAGAAUACGUUUAUGACCAGUAAGAAUGUCGAGAGAACAUACUUUGCCAUUUUCUAUACCGUUUUGGUUUCUUCUUAACAAUACUAUUACCGAACGAUUGUUGUAUUUUGAUCUAGACAACCUUUCUUCAGAAAAUAUAACGAUUUAUUGGACGUUUUCCGGCUUAAAUUGAUUUAUAUAAUUCCUCUUCCCCCACAAAAUACAUUGGUCGGUAAUUACGCUGAAACACCCACUCAGAUAAUCUGAAGCCAACUCACAACACAAAAGCUGUUUUGUAGUAGACAGGGUUCGUAGUCUCCAAGACCAAAAAAUUAAUCAAAGACGUCUUUCAAAGAUUUUUUCUGCACCAUUUUUACCCGGUAAUUAGUCCCGUCAAAUCACAUCCUAAAAUGCACUUGUUGGUAUUGUUAGUUUGUUAGUUUGUUAGUUUGUUACAGUGAAAAUACAAAAAGUGUCCCACUUCCGCUUUUGUAGUUUGUUGUGAUUUACUGUAAUAAAAUGUAUUAUUUCCCUUUGCUACAAAUUAUCAUACUUAAAAAAAGAAAAAAACUAAGUUUUAUCGCGGUAUUUGCCGAUAAAUCGGUAAUCGCUACAGAAAAACAGAACAAAUUACAGUAAAUCACAACAAACUACAGAAGCGGAAGUGGGACACUUUUUGUAUUUUCACUGUAAUUAGCCAUUUCCCAGGCGAGCAGAUACUGGGUCUAGUCGCUUAUUUGGAGGGACUGACAAAAAAUAAAAAUAUGCCGAAUAUGGCAUCUUGGAAGUUUUCCUACAUUCUUAAAGUUAUUUGUGCAGCCUGAAACGCAACAAUUAUAAUAAGGUAUCUUUAAUUUUAAUAUAUAUUAAGCUCGCUCACUCAUUCUCGUACCCAGAGCCCUUCUUACGCGCGGUGCGACGAGGGGCUUUGGCCAAAUCCAUAACCAGAUACCAUAAAAACAUGGUACGAAAACAAUGCCCGGUGUUAGAACUAGCCAAUCAGAUGCCAGUUCGGAAUAUGGAUUUGGCCAGAGCCCCUCGUCGCACCGCGCGUAAGAAGGGCUCUGGGUACGAGAAUGCUCGCUCACUAUGAUUUACCCAGCCCUCUGCUCGAUUGGGAAAUGGCUAAUUGGAAAGUUAGUUAGCUCGUUAGUUGAUUAUUUAGUUAAUUAUUUAGAUAAAUUAUUAAUUAGUUAGCUAAUUAUUGUAGUUAAGUAAGGUGGACUGGUAAGUCUAUUUCUCAUGGUCCAUUUACGAGGGCUUUCAUGGGCCUUAGUACCACCUUGUUUGCCACACCUCACAUGACACCGAUUGCAACUUCCUUGUAUAUUUAACAGGUGGAAGAAUAUUCACAAACACUUGUCUCCCUGGAUAUUGUUAGCGCUUCUAACGGCCGCAUUUAUGGUCGGAAAUGUUUGGUUGAUUGCUAACAGCAGAGAAUCUGACGUAGCUAGGUAAGAAAUUACAGAGAGAUCUUGUUCAGCAUUUUUCCCAUAUGUCAUCAACGACGAAGUUUCAAAUGCAUUGCCCGUUAUUUUCCAGAAUGGCUAAACAAGCUGGCCUGCUUAUUGGAUUGUUUGUCGGGCUGUUCUUCAUUAUCUGCGGUAUAACUGCUAUCAUAUGGAGAAAGUAUCAAAAACGCGCAUCACAAAAUAGGUAAGUUUAAAUCAGAAUGGAGAAUCAUAUAUGCCCAAAAAAGAUUCUAAACAGUGUCGCUAUCGGGUAUGCUAAAAUCCGGCAUAAUUUACAGCCACAAACCAGAUACAAAUCCGGCAUAAUUUACAGCCACAAAUCCGGCAUAAUUUACAGCCACAAAUCCGGCAUAAUUUACAGCCACAAAUCCGGCAUAAUUUACAGCCACAAAUCAGACACGCUGAAAAAAGGCGCAUACCGGCUUUAUACCACAAACCCUGGCUACAAGCCGUGCCGAAAACACACAGACAUACUUUAUAGCCAAAAACCGUGUGUUGAAGCCAGAGGGAACUGAGAUAAAAUUUGGCUAGCUUUUGCUGAUAACUGAAGACUAUCGGCUUAGAAAAGUGGCAUUAUAUUGACACUUGGCAGAUUUUGGCUAAUAUUGCCAGGGGCAAAGCGGUUGUUUUUCCUCCUUAUCGUUUCCGUUUAGGUUGCAUAGUUUUAGGCAUGGAUGUUGCGUAUUACUAACCCUAAUUUAUUUUUUAAAUCAAUUGCUCCUAUAUGCUCAUCAGAAUUCUUAUGAGGAUUCUGGACUCAGUCUAUAUACAAGAGUGUUCAUGAGCAUACUCGAUGUUGGCCCAUACAUGAGCCGGCUCAUAAGCAUACCUUAUUUUGGUAUCGAAUAAGGACGCCCAAAUAUGUACCAAAAUCCUAGCCUCGCGCCCAGGCGCAGCGACCAAUUUUCCAUUUCUCACGAAACGACGUAGCGAAUCAAAGCGCCUGGGGACGAGGCAGCCAAAAUCCACUAUAUACCCAGGAGCACGCUCGAAUAUAUAAGUAGAAUCCAGUAAAACACUAGCGAGCAUUCUCAUGAGGAUAGAAUAUUUUCACUAUACUUUUUAGCCACGGAGGUCUGUGGUGUGGCUAAAAAGUAUAGUGAAAUUAAUCUGAUAUACUUUGUCAUAUACGUUUUAGCCACGGAGGUCUGCGGCUUAAACGUAUACCAGAUUUCAGUAUACUUUUUAGCCACGGCGUUCUGUCGCUAAAAAGUAUACCAGAUUUCAGUAUACUUUUUAGCCACAGCGGUCUGUGGCUAAAAAGUAUAUCAGAUUUCAGUAUACUUUUUAGCCACGGCGGUCUGUGGCUAAAAAGUAUACCAGAUUUCACUAUACUUUUAGCCACGGCGGUCUGUGGCUAAAAAGUAUACCAGAUUUCAGUACACUUUUUAGCCACGGCGGUCUGUGGCUAAAAAGUAUACCAGAUUUCAGUACACUUUUUAGCCACGGCGGUCUGUGGCUAAAAAGUAUACCAUAUUUCAGUAUACUUUUUAGCCACGGCGGUCUGUGGCUAAAAAGUAUACCAUAUUUCAGUAUACUUUUUAGCCACGGCGGUCUGUGGCUAAAAAGUAUAUCAGAUUUCAGUAUACUUUUUAGCCACGGCGGUCUGUGGCAAAUAGUAUAUCAGAUUUCAGUAUACUUUUAGCCACGGAGGCUUGUGGCUAUAUAUUAAUUACAGGUAUUGCUAAAAUAUAGCACGUAUUUUUUAGCAGUACCUGUAAUUGGAUCAUGUUAAUAAAGUUAUUGUUAUUAUUGCAGCCACAAAGAGGCGUUGCUAUAA